ACCAGUCCAUGUACUGUAAUAAAGAAGGACACACCUAUUUUCUCUGCUCCAUUGAAGAAAGUAAAACCAUUGCCCUUGUACCCAGUUCCUGUACGGCACCACACUUCAGAAGACCAACUUCUGCUAAGCAUCUGACCACAUUCAUCUGGAGUGCUCUCGUCUGCGGUUGAGGUGUUAAAAUGGCAAGCAGCUUCGCACGGAUUUUGUCCGGUAACAGGAAGGUCGGCAUCUUGUCGCUGGUCGGUGCGGGAUCUCUGACCGUCGGGUUCUUCUUGAACAGGGAGCAGCAUGUCAGCGCAGGAUCGAGCGUCCGAAGAAUCUAUCCCCCGAGUGCUGAAUAUCCAGAUUUGCGUAAGCACAAUAACUGUAUGGCCAGUCACCUGACUCCUGCCGUAUACGCAAAGCUGUGUGAUAAAUCCACUCCGAAUGGUUACACUUUGGACGAAGCUAUUCAGACUGGCGUGGACAAUCCAGGUCAUCCUUUCAUAAAGACAGUAGGAAUGGUGGCAGGAGAUGAAGAGUCAUAUGAGGUUUUUGCUGACAUCUUUAACCCAGUCAUCAAAGAAAGGCACAAUGGUUAUGACCCCUGCAACAUGAAACACCCCACUGACCUGGAUCCCAGUAAGAUACGAGGAGGCUUGUUUGAUGAGAAGUAUGUGCUGUCUUCUCGAGUCAGGACGGGCAGGAGUAUCCGAGGCCUGAGUCUCCCCCCGGCCUGCACCCGUGCUGAGCGCAGAGAGGUGGAGAGGGUUGUGGUUGAUGCUUUGGCAGGCCUAAAAGGGGAUUUGACUGGAAAAUACUUCAGCCUGACUGUAAUGACUGAACAGGAGCAGCAGCAGCUUAUUGAUGAUCACUUCCUGUUUGAUAAACCCGUGUCGCCAUUGCUGACAUGUGCGGGUAUGGCUCGAGACUGGCCCGACGCUAGAGGCAUCUGGCACAACAAUGAGAAAACCUUUCUCGUAUGGAUCAACGAGGAAGAUCACACCCGUGUGAUCUCCAUGGAGAAGGGAGGCAACAUGAGAAGGGUCUUUGAGCGUUUCUGCAAGGGUCUCCAAGAGGUUGAGAGACUAAUUCAGGAGAAGGGUUGGGAAUUCAUGUGGAAUGAGCGUCUGGGUUACAUUCUCACCUGCCCGUCAAACCUGGGCACUGGGCUGCGAGCUGGAGUCCAUGUUAAUCUUCCUCGCCUCAGCAAGGACCCACGUUUUUCUAAAAUCCUGGAUAACCUGCGGCUCCAGAAAAGAGGGACUGGAGGAGUGGACACGGCCGCUGUUGGGAGCACUUUUGAUAUUUCCAAUCUGGACAGGCUGGGCCAAUCAGAGGUCCAGCUGGUGCAGACUGUGAUAGAUGGAGUGAACUAUCUCAUUGAAUGUGAGAGGAAACUGGAGAAAGGCCAAGACAUCAAAAUCCCCGCCCCCAUCAGCCAGUUUAAAUAGACUGGGCGAUCUUUCAUAGCUCCUCCCUGUCUCCUGGCUCCAACCUCUCGUGUGCUCCUCCCACCUUUAAAUAUUCCGCUAAAACCGAUCCAUAAAGCAUGCCUCUGUGUUACAUCCGACAUAUUCGACACUCCAGUAUAACACAGGAGUGAAUGUAUCGUACAUCAUGAUUGUGUUCAUUUGUGGCGUUAAUGAUUUGUCACAAUGUAUCUUACUUGAAUGUGUUGCAAUAACAUUAUUACAGCCAUUGUUGAAAAUUGCCUCAGGUGUACAAGAAUUAAACAGGUUUUUGUCAAAGAUGCUGAUGAUAUAAAUUGAUGAAGGAUCCUGA